AUGAUUGACAAGCAUCGAGGUUGGCAUGAGAUAUUACCAUAUGCUUUAUUGGGUUAUCGGACAACUGUCAGAACAUCGACUGGAGCUACUCAAUAUUUGCUGGUAUAUGGAACAAAAGUAGUUAUAACUGCUGAAGUUGAGAUACCGUCUUUGAGAAUCAUCCAAGAAGCUGAGUUGAGUAACGCUGAAUGGGUUAGCAAGCGGAUUGACCAACUUAAUUUGAUUGAUGAGAAGAGAAUGGUUGCCGUCUAUUAUGGUCAAUUGUAUAGGCAGAGAAUGGGUCUUGCCUUUUACAAGAGAGUAAGAGCCAGAAAUUUUGAGGUUGGUCAGUUGGUUCUUAAGCGUAUUUUUCCUCAUCAAGACGAGUACAAAGGAAAGUUCGCACCAAAAUGGCAAGGUCCUUACAUGGUUCGCAAAGUAUUAUCUGGAGGUGUUUUGGUCUUGUCGGAGAUGGAUGGCACUGUAUGGACCAAACCUAUCAACUCAGAUGCAAUCAAGAGAUACUACGUGUGA